AUGAUUUCUUUUAAGGUAACAUUGUUACUUUUCCUGUUUUGCAUUUAGACGAAAGGGAUUGAUUUAUGUAAUGAGUAUGAAAGAUUUGAAAGUUGUGUUUAGAGUGAUAGUAAUAAAUGCAAAUGGGAUGGAAUUAGGAAGCUUUGUGAAAGAACUUUUGAUUUUUAAUAAGGGUGCAGUCUCAGUUUGAAUAGGAAAGCUUGCAUUAGACAAAUUGGGAAUGUAAUUGGUUAACCAGCUAAAUGUCGCUUUUUAUCAGUAUGUGAAGACAUACCCAAUUUAGAAACAGAGAGAUGUGAAAACAAUCUCUCAAAGUCUGGGUGCAUCUCAAUUGCUAAUCCAGAACAUAUUUGCUAUUGGAAAGACAAUAGUUGUCAUGUACUACCUCGAAAUCAAUGGUAUUAAGUUAAAGAGGACUUUGAUUAAGUUUAAUAUAGUGUUUCAGCUUGUUCAUAAAUUGAGAAAUAUUUAAUUAUUCAUAGUAAUCUGUUAUGGGAUUUGAUAUCUUAUACUCCAGAUUUAUUCACAGAAGCAAACAAUUCAUUCAAAAAGGAAAUGGGUUUAGAAGUUACUGAUGAUAUCAUAUUUGAUGAUCCAAACACGGUUUCUUUACAAAAUAACUAUCAAUUCUCGAAUGGCUCAUUUGCUUGGUAUACAAUUAGGGAGUCUAAGGAAAUCACUUUAACAAAUUUAUAGAAAUCCUAUAGAUAUAGGUAUGGAUGCGUAGCUAUUGAGAUAGAAAACGAUAAUGAUUACUUCAAUCUUAUCACAAUUACAGAUGAGCAGAGAGGGGUAAAUCACUUAUAUUGCAAAUAUUUGAGUAGAAAUCCAAACAUUGCAGAUGACUAUGUAUUUUCUGAUGGAGUAUGUAAGAAAUUUAGCAAUCUUGACUUAAAUGACAUUUAAAAAACAGUCAAGUUGAAUUUAAGUUGUAAAUCACUGGACUACUAUUAGUGUAUUUAUUUUGAUUCAAUCUCUUAUACAUGCAGAUUAAAGGGAUUAAAUUAUGAAUAUCCUUGUGUGGUUUAAGAAGAUGAUUAUGUGGCUGAUUGUGAAAAUGCUUUUUGCACUGUUAAAUAAUGUUCAAAGUUAACAUUUCAUUAUUUGGACACGGAUACAAACAAAUGUAGUGAUAGUUGUUCGUAAUUCCCUCUAAAUAGUUAGAGUGCAUGUGAGGCAGUAAAAGGAUGUAAGUUUUUAGGGACGAGUUAAAGGAUUAUGGAGAAGAGUUGUUCUCCUAAUGAUGGGUGUGAUCAUUUAGGCAUUGAGAAGAUGUAUUGUAUAUUUUUAAAGGAUCAAUGUGGAUGGGAUGAAUUAUAAUAACGAUGUUAUAGAAUAAAGGAUGAAGAGUUCAAAUUGAUGAGAUGCAGUUAAGCCUUUAAUGCCUAAUCUUGCGUUCUCAUCACUUUAAGCGACUAAAUAUGCUUUUGGAAUUCCAUAAUACUCUAGUGUUAAAAUGUAUUAGAAUAGCCAAUUCUUAUAUAUUAAACAUCUUUAAUGGAUUUAUAACGUGUUAAUCCUUUUCUUUUAAUUUUAACGUAAGUAAGUAAUGAAAACUUUUGCAAAUAUCAAUAAUCAUUUCCAAGUGAAUAUAUUCCAAGUGAAGGAAAGUGCAACCUCAUUUAAUCAUAAAUUUAAUCAAAAGAUAUUACACAUAUCAACAUGAAUGCAUGUCUUUAAUUUUAUCCUGGAUUAAAAAGGUGGGAUUCUUUAACUCAACAAUGUAUAAACCUUUUAGAAGUAGAAAUUAAAGAGCUUGAUUGUAAUACUUAAGUAUUUGUUAAUAAUUAAGUAUGUCAGAAAUCUAAGGUGGUAUUACCUGGUUAUCAAUGUGUUUAUGAUCGAUAAAGUCAUUCUUGUAAAGAAUUAGAAUCUACACAAAUUCAAUCUUUUGGAUGUGUUGGAUAUGGUUUUAGAAAAGAGGUUUGUUUAUCUCUAAAUGGACCGAGAGUUUAUUGUAAAUUUUCAGCAGGAAUCUGUCAAGAAAUUACUGAGAGUGAGAUUAACUCAGUUCGUUGUUCAUCCCUAUAAAAUGUGAACUCACAAGUGUGUAAAUUAUACACCUAAUCAUAAACUGUUUGUUUGUAUGAUAAAUCCAUUAAAUCUUGUUACACUCCUAGUGUUUAUGUUAAAAUAACCUAUUAAUCAGAUAUAAAUCGAUAUGGUUGCCAAUAAGUCUAAGACACCUUAACUUAUUUCGACUUAGUUAAAAAUGAAUGCAUUUCAUUUAGUGAAGAUGAGGAUAUUUUGUUGUCUAACUUGGAAUGUGCAUAAAAUUAUAUUAAUCAAAAGACAUGUUUGUUAAUUACUAAAAGUGGUUAAAAUUGUUUUUGGGAUACAGUUGAAAAUAAAUGUAAAAAUUAUUCGGGUAAUUUUUCUAAUUGUGGAGAUCAGGAUCAAUUUACAAGCAGGAUUUGCUAGGCCAUUGUAUAAAAUGUGUAAAAAUAAUUAAUAAAUGAUAAUUAUUGUACUUAUUUUGAUAACAAAUGCCAAACCAAAUCUACUACUCUAUCAGAUUGUGGAGAAUCUGAAAAAAUGAAUGUACUUAGAUGCAGUGGAUUAACUGGAUUAAAUCAAGCUGGAGAAUACAUUUAAAUGUGUGCAUUUAUUGACUUCAAAUGUACUUCAUUAAUAGAUGAUUCUAUGGAUGCUUUUAUAGUUCUGAACCAGAUAUCGUGCUCUUAGGCCAACUUGAAAGCCUGUUCAAAAGUAUAAACUUAUGGAAAAUAUUGUUAAGUGAUUGACUAUGUUUCUAACAAUUAUUUCAUAAUCGAUAAGAAAUGCGUAUAGGUUGAUAAUAAUAAUCAAUCAUGUUAAAUCAUUAAUACUAAUUUCCAGAAAGAUUAAAUAAAUCCCAAUCAUUGCAUAAGAGCAAAUGACAGUUGUUACUAUGAUUAAUCCAUCGGAUGCUAAUCACCAAUUAAUGAUGAUUUGGAAUGUGACACUCCAGGAUUAUCAUAUUCCGGUUGUAUUCUAAACACAAACAAUCAUAGAUGUGCAUUUUAUAAUUCUAAAUGCCAAUAUUUUCCAACAUAUUCAACUAUUUCAAAUUGCAAAUAUCUAAAUUAACUAGCUUGUUCCAAUUAUCAAUUUAAAGACUGUUAUUGGAAUGGUUCAAUGUGUGAUGUUUCUUAUGAUUAUGGUAGUGAUUACUCUUGUAUUUUGAAUUAGAGUAAUCUAUUUAUUGUUUCAAAUGGUUCCACGUGUAUUUAUGAAGAAUAAGAAUCAAAUUACUAAUUGUACACAUGUGAUAGCAAAUUAAAUUAAUUUGGUUGUGGAUCAAUCCCAAAUUAAUAUUGUUAAUUUAUUUAAAACUAAUGCUAAUUUUAUUCCACCACUUAAUGUGAAGAUUCAGGAACAUCAUGUAGCUUAAAUAACUCAUUAAAUCUGAAAUGCGUUCUCAAAGAUGGUAAAUGUUUUCAUUUUCCAUACAAUCAUCACUAAUGUGAUUUCUUUGAUGAAACUAAUUAUGAAUUCUGUCUCCAAUAUCCUGAUUGUGUUUAUGUAGAUUAAAAAUGUUAAUAAAUUUAUUAAAAUAGAUCUUAUUGGUAUUGUUAUUAUUUAACCCAACUUGAAUGUCUUAUACAAAAUAAACAAUAUUCAUGUACAUGGGAAAAUGAACAAUGUAUUGAAUUUGAAGGUUCAGCUUGUCCAUCUCUUGACGGAUUUCAUUCAUAUGACGCUUGCUCAAAGUUUAACAACUGUUAUUAUGGAUAUACUAAAAGUGGCUUGGGUUUUUGUUAUUAAGAUGCAAACUUUGAAUCACUAACAUGUGAACAGUUAGAUUAAAUCUUCUGUCUUGAUGAUAUGACUCAUCUAAAUUCUUCACUUAUGUGUUAUUGGGACUAAUCAUGCAAAAACAUAAAUAACACAGAAGAAAUGUAAUGUGAAGAUCUAUAAAACUUUUAGUCAAGUUAUCCAGCUUGUGCAUCUUUAAAUUAGGAACUCUGCAUGUACUCAUUUGUAGAUAAGAAAUGCAAGCUUAUAUAAGAGUAUGUUUCAAUAACAAUUUGCUAAGGAACAACAUCAAAAUAAUGCUCAUAAAUAAAAAACACUUGUUACUUUAAUAAGUCUAAAUGCUAAACAAAAGGAAUACCAGAACAAUUAAAUAAAUAUGGAUGUAUUACUUAAUCUGGAUCUUGGAAAUUCACCUAUUUCACUUGUUAUAAAUUAACUAAUGAAAUGCAAUCAAGUUGCAUCAAUCUGUCAAAGGAGGCUUGUUUGGGUGAUCUCACAAAGGAAAUAAGUUGCCAAUGGAUAAACCAAAAAUGUAUAAAUUUGUUUUAGGAUUAAAAUAAAAAACUAUUGUCAUGUCAAAAUCUGAAUCAAAGGGCUUGCUUAAAUGUCAGUCUAUCAAAUAUCUUAUGUAUUUGGAAUGAAACAAUUAAAAUUUGUGAUUCCCUUAAUAUAAGCAACACUGAUUGUAGUCUUAACAAUUUAGAUCCCCUAAUGUCUGUUAGUGUAUGUGCUAGUUCAACAACUAAAAGCUGUGUGAGGCAUUAUGAUAAAACCAAAUGUACAGAAAUCAAAGUGAAAUUGGAUGGCUGCAAUCUCUUUGGAUUGAAUAAAUAGGCUUGUAUAUCAUUAACAAAAGCACCUUGCUCUUGGAUUUAAGUUGGGGAUGGAGGAUAUUGCAAUGAUGUUAACAUAUAUACAACGUUAUGCGAGGACUUUGUAAAUUAAUCGGCUUGUCUAAACAUCUAAACAUAAGGAUAAGUUUGCAAAUGGGAAGAAUCAACUUAAUAAUGCAUCAAUUACAAAUUCACAUCUUGUGAAUCUGCCAAUAACGAACAUUCCAUCAUGGCUUGUAAAGGUGUUACCGAAGAAGCAUGUUAUUAUGAUCCCUGGCAGAAGUCAUGCAAUCAAAUCUUGUCAACUCCAAAUAUUUGUUCAAGUAAUUUCAAUUCUCGGGCUUGUAUACUGUCUAUAGAAGUCUGCGUAUGGCAAUCAAAUAGAUGUUACAACAAUCCAAAUUUAAAUUGCCUAAAUUACAAUACAAAAAUUAAAUGUCUUCAAAGCAAUGCAUAAAAUUGUCAAUGGCUUGAUAAUAAAUGUCAAUAGUUUCAACCUCUUGUAAUAAAAGUUUAUUGCUACGAAUUACCAACAAAUAUUAAUAAUUUUGCUUGCAUGAAUAACUCAAUAGAUCCCUGUUGUUUUGAUUCAAAUUUUAUGUAAUGCUAUGCAGACUAAAGUAACAAAAUUGCAAAAAUUUAUGAAUGGUCAACAAUAACUACUAUUCUAGCAUUUCAAUAACCUGGUUAAGAAUCCUCCAUCUUAAAUGGUAAAUGUGAAGAACUUAAAAAUCCAAAUUACUGUUUAAAAUCACGUAUUCCAAAUAUAUCAUGUAUUUGGAAUGAUUCUUGUUAAGAGGUCACUUAAUUUGAUAAUUUAUCUUGUUAAGACUCUCUCAACAUCUGGGGAUGUUUGAAUAUAACUAAUGAAAAUUAGUUUUGUUUCUGGAAAGAUUAAAAGUGUUUAAAUUGGAAUACUUCUCUAGGUAUUAUGGAAAAUGUUAAUAAAAAUGUCUGUAUUUAAUAUAGCAUAAAUAGCAUUUAUGAAUUAAAUUCUUGCGUUGAGAAAUCAAUUGAAUCAAUAUAAUGCACAUCUGAUGGAAUAAGUAAAGCAACAUGUUUAUCCAUUCCAAAUAAAUAAUGCAAAUGGAUCACAUCUUGUAUUGAUUUUACUUAAACUACUGAAACAAAAUGUCAUGAUUAUACAAAUGUAACAUAUUAUGUUUGUUAAAUGACUGAUUUGGCUUGCAAUUAUGAUUAAGAAUAACAUAAUUGUAUUGAAAUUUCAAAAGAAAUUAUUGGAUUUGGAGUCUCAAAAUCAAGCUGUGUAUCAAAUAAGAAUAUUUCCACGUUUUGGAAUAGUAACGGUUGUUAAGAACUGUAUGAUUUUAUUGAUUGUGAUACUUCAUUAGUUGUCAAUGAAUUAGCAUGUCGUAAAAAUGUAAAAAAUACAGCAUGCCUUUAUGACUCAAUUUCUAAUCGUUGUAAGAGCAACUUCAACAGAUAGUCAUUACAAUGUAAGACUUUAGGAUUAAAUCUACUGGGUUGCAUACAGGUUUAGCAAGAACCUUGUAUUUUUAAGGAUAACAAAUGCUAGGUAUUUACAGGAACGUCAUAAAUUUGUAUGUUUAUUAAUCUAGUGAAUUCCAAAGCCUGUGCAUCAGUCAUCAAUUAAUAAUGCUCCUAUGACUCAAUCAAUUUCAAAUGUUAAUCUCCAUUAAUCAAUGAGAAUUAUUGUAAUGUUUCAGGAGUCAAUAGAGAUGCUUGUGAAACUAAUACACUUUGUAUGUGGAGUCAAGACGACUUAGAUUGUAAGUGCAAUUCAGAUCAGAAAAUUGAUACUUGCCAAUUCUCGAAUAUUACAUAAUGCAGGUCUAAUAGUAAAUGUUAUUUCGAUCUUGAUAUUUACAAGUGUAUUAAGAAGUAAUGUUAUCAUCUAAAGGAAGUUGAAUGUGCUGCAAUCAUGGAUAAUAAGACUUGUUACUUAAGUUAAAAUAAUAGUUGUCAACCAGCAACUAAAUGCGAGGAUAUUAUUGAUUCAAAACAAUCAUGUUCAACUAUUUACAUUGAUUUAUAACCUUGUGUUUAGGCAGGUGCUUCCUGUAUAUCAAUUAACAAUUAUAGCAGUUAUUGUUCGUAUUCAGAUUGUUCAAAUUCUAAUUGUAUUUUUAAAUAUGGGGCAUGUAAAUUGAAGACGUGUGAUGAUUACACUGCCCAAGAAUGCCAAUUAGUUUAAGGUUGCUAUUUAGAUUAGGAAAAAACAUGCCAAUAAUUACUUGUAUGUAGUCAAAUUACUUAAGAGAUCUAUGGAGAUCAAGUCACGUAUAUUUGUAACAAGUCAUACGUUAAUGGUCUUAUAUGUAAUUGGUAGAGAUACUCCUUGUUAGAUGAUACUGAAGUAUGCACCAAUCAGUAUUGCGAAAUCUAUGGGUCAUCAACUACACUUUGUUAAGGGAAUGAAAUCAAUGGAUAUUCAUGUGUGUUAUUUAAUUAAUUAGUUUGCAAGUAAUGUGAAUAUAUAACAGAACCAUGCUUUUGCGAUUAAUAAAAAAAUGUUUGUUUCUAUCAAAAUGGCAAAUGCAAUUCUAUUCUGUGUUCUAAUUAUUUAACUAAAGAUACAUGUUCCUAAGUCUCGGAUCGUUGUUAUUGGAGCACUUCAACUGAAAAUAAUUCACAAAUUAGUCUUUGCUUAAAGUCAUGCGAAAAAAUCAUGGAUGCUAUUGAAUGCAACAGUAGAUCUAAUGAAUGUUAUUUUGAAACUUCUAAGGGAUUAUGCGUAAAAGGUUAAAAAUAAAUACCAAAUUUGAGUUCUGAAAUUGUAAUAGAGGAAUUUUAUGCCAUUAUCAUACAAGGGUAUAUUUUUGUAUUUUUGAUUAUUUUUAUCUGA